CCCUUGGGCGCGCAGUGGGCGCGAGCUUAUAAUCCCCCUGCCGUGGGGCUUAGCACCCGACAUCAGCGAUGAAGCUUUUGCCAGAGUCGCUGCAGCAGGAGGCUGCCACUGCCGCCCUCGUGGCGGGGUGGGUGAUGUGGUAUUUGGACACUCAGAUGCUGCCCUCCCUCAUGCGUGAGCAUAAGCUUCACGCUUGCUGGGCCGCUGCUUACAAGCGGUACCACGAGACAAUCUGGAAGUUCAACUACGCCUAUGACCGCGACCUACGCUAUUCGGCAGUUUCCAAGAACCAGGUGCUUGAGCAUCUGCACCACACCGCUCCCAAGUCGGUAUCGGACCACGUGAUGAAGAUGUUGGCGGCGAACAACAAGGUCUACGAGGCCUUCAACCCAAGCAGCAAGCGCCUGCUGAUCUGGCAGACUCAGCCCUCGCUGCAAUAGGCCACAGCUUGGGCGAUUGGGCUUGGACUAUGACAGAGCUCAACUGAGCGGAAGCGGAAGGCUUAGCGACAUGAACCGGGAUGUGGACACGAAGUCGCAGUUAUUAGUGUGAUGGUACGCAAGGUUUCGGAUGUGUACAGGGGGUUUGCGAUGCGGUGCAGUGCCAGGGAAACACUGACGAGAACGAGUUAUGUUUGCGCAGUUUUUUGUGUCGGGCGCGGAGUCUAACAGUAUCUUGAGGUAUUUGCUUCUCUGGAACCUCGUUUGUGGCUCGUAGGUGGGCCGGAUUGGCGUAGUAUGUAAAGGCGCGCAACUCCUC